CUCAUGCAGUUACAAAGUCGACAAACCCUCACAAAAACCCUUAUUCACAUCCAAAAUCUUUAAUCCAACCGCAAACAUUUACCAGUAAAUUAGAGGAAUAGCGAAGAAGCCAUGAGAUCGUCUGUAAAACAGCUGCUCAAUGGAGGAAUUCAGGUGUUCCAAAUCAGGAAGACGCGAGCUCAUAUUUCGAUAUGCCGAAGCUUCUGCGCGCAGGCGCAGGAAAGAGGCGAAAGCGAGGGCGGCAAAAGGAAAUGGAAGGUGCCGGUGGAGAACGCCGACGAAGGUCAUGAAGAGAGGUCUUCUUCAGUUUUGAAAGACGUGAAACAGCACUUGGUUAAGGAGAUCGAAACGGCCAAGGACAUGGUGAAAAAUAUCCCUGAAAAGACUAAAGAAACCAAGGAGGAAAUCAAAGAUCUGGGCGGCGUCGCUAAGGAGGCUGCCAAGAGAGAUUUGCAUAAAGUUGCUCAGAAGGUGGGGCUGGCCAAGGACGAUUAAGUCUUUGGAUUGUUUGGAAAGAGCUGUAAAGCGGAGUGUAGGGACUGAAUUCAUGAGUGCAGCUCUCAUGGAUUUUCUUGCAAGGAGACUUUUUGAAUUGUGCGUAUUGUGUAGAUGAUUGUAUAUAGAGUACCUUAGUAUCCAGGUUUCAAACUGCACAUCAUCGAAGUAUAUAAUAUCUCUUUUAUGUAUGUUAAUUUCUUGUUUAUUA